UUUUAAAAUUGAAAAGACUAAUGGGAAAGCACAAGAAACCAAUACCAACGAAGGAGACUCCGAAUGCUGUUUCUACUUUCUGGAAGCAAAGAUGUGCACAGGAGGUGAACGGGAGGUAUAAAUCCACUGUUCAUAAUAUAAUUAAUGGUAACAAUACCUCUGAGACCAUCUUAAGUAGCCACUCACGACUGGAAAAUACAGCUAUUAGAGCAGCUCGAAAGUUAAGAGACCAGUACUUUGAGAGGAAGGUGAAAGUCCCUCGAGAAAUUUUUAAAAGCAAGAGAAUUGUACUUCCCAUUAUUAACAGGAACUUCAACUCUUUGAACAAGACGAUUUUUACUAGAGGUCUGAGGGAGAGUACAAAGAGGAGAGGCAAGAAAUGCUAUGAACCAGACCAAAAAAUGAGCUGGAUGAAGAGCUCAAUAGACCUAAGCUAUUCUGACGGACACAAUCGAAACUCAAGCUUAACUGGUAUUAAAACUUAUCAGUCUCUCCAAAAUUUGAAGGAUCAAUCAAGAAGAAGUGUAUUUUCACAAGCUAAUAGUCCUGAGCGGGAGUAUUCUCAUAGGAAAAGUAGCACACAUAGCUUAAGAGAUAAGAGAAUCGAGAUAGCAAAGAAUAGGAUCGGCAUCAACUCCCAAAAUGCUUAUUACAGUAAAUAA